CUCAAAGCAAAAAAAAGUACACUGGGAACUUCGCAACCACUUAGUGCGCGAUCUUUUGACAUGUUUUUGAUGUUUGUUUUGGUCGUUUUGUUUUGAUUCAGUAAAGUGUUCCCAAGCAAGUAAUAACAAUCCUCGGUCUAGUAGUAAAAAUCAUUAUCAAAUGGGAAUUCGAUAUUUGCAAACGUUUCUGUGCAACGAUGUUCCCGAUGGAUAUUUCCAAAUUAAUAUUGGACAGGAGAUACAACGUUGGCAAAGCCAAAACUGCGGUCGAGCAGUGAUAGUCUUUGAUGUUAUGGCCCUUCUGAAUAUAACACUUCAGUCGAACAUUGAUGUGGUACAGGGCGGUAGACAUCACAUAGUUUUGAGUAAAUACGAAGAUUUCUUCCGCAAAUUGAAGCAGAAUCAUCAAGCAGAACUGGUAUUCUUUUGUGAUGGACGUGUGCAGCAGAACAAAAACGACAUCUGGAUUGAGCGACAAAACGAGAAAUAUGCCAAAACGAUAAGAAUUUUCGAUAAAAUUGAAGAAUCGAACGGAUCGCUGAAAUUCAUAAAUACGCUGAAAAGUGAAGAUUUUCCCGGUUUGACGACGACAAUUCACGGUUUAGUGAAUGUGUGCAGGAAGCAUGGUGAAUUUAAGCUAGCAAUGAACGUCGAAUGUGACACAGAGCUGUCGAGAUUCGCAACGCUGAACAAUGCUGUGGCAGUCAUAGCCGACGAUACGGACUUCCUAAUAUAUGAGGGUAAUUGGAAGUAUUGGUCUGCCAGAAAUUUGAAUUUAGUCCAAUUCACUACAAUGGAAUACUGCCGUUCUGCAUUACGAAUUGCUUUGGGCUUAGCACCGAAACAAUUGCCAAUAUUCGCCACAUUAGCCGGUAAUGAUAUCAUUCGGCAAGAUCACGUUCAGCCAUUUCAUCGAAGGUUGCGAUUAAACCGUCACAAUCGUUUUGAUAAAUUGGCUCAAUUUGUUCGUUCCAACAAAACGGAUGUUGCCAAUAUUUCGCAGGCAAUAUUCGGAUCGACGAAGGACCAAUUUGUUAACCUGGUGCAAGAGAGUGUCGGUACAUAUAACAUCAACUACGAAACGACUGUAGUGCAUGAUUUAUUGACACAGAAGAGUGCAUAUGAAACAAGUUUUUACACGUUCCUGAACGGACUACCCUAUAACAUAACGUUGAUGUUUUCCGACUUGCGAAGGAGGGACUUUUUGUCUUAUUAUGAGAUUUUGAUGCCAAUAGUCAAACGGCAAAUUGGAUUUGUUCGUCAGCACAAGAAUAGUAAGGACUACAGGCAGGUUAUUGUCACGAAAAUCGAUCACAAUCAAUCGUACAAAGAAUUCUUGAUUGCACCCGACUAUCCGAAAUUGGAGUUACCUAGUCUACUGGAUAUAACAUUCGAUAAGAAAACUGAACAUUUGAACUCACUUCGAUUCGAUCUUUUAGCUUGGCUAAUUUUUGGUGGUGAUCAGGUGCUAAAUAUUGAGGAGCUUCCUGCAAAUUACAUGGUUUUGAUGACAACCCUGAAGUUUCUAUUGAAUAUUAACCAGAUCACUAUAACGGAAGCUGACGCCGUACUAUUAUGCGUUCAUAAAGUCCAUCAAAAGACUGUGCCAGUCGACAUGUCUUCACCCGCUAAAGUCACAACGCGAUCCAUAAUGGUUAGUCAUCUGUAUUCGAGGAUGCACAAUACAAUUUUGAUUUGUUUCAAAUUUGUUGGACUGGAUCGAUUGAUCGAUUACCUGCUAUUCGAUGGACCGUUUUUCAUGGUUCUGGUGGAAAGAUUAUCGUCCCAAUCUGAAACCGAUUACAACCACACAAUUGCUGACAUUCUUCAGUUCCGAAAAUUUUUGUUCGACUAAUUCCGAGUGGAAUAAAGAAAGUUUCAAUUUUUGACUAGA